AUCAUCUCCAAGUUCUGGAACGAACUGCGCCAUUCCCUGAAUCCCCCACCUUAGAAAAGAAAUAAAAUAACAAACUAAAAAGUAUUGAAAAUAAAAAAAUAAUUAAAAAAGAAAUUAGAAUCUCUCACUUGUUUCUCUCUUGUAUUCUUUUCUUCACCAUUGCCUCUCUGCCUCUCUCUCUCUCAAACGCAAGGAUCAACCAUAAAACAAGGACACGUCAUUAUUUCUGUCAAACGUUGAGAGUUUGCACACAACCCAACGAACCAAUCCAGCAAUAUUGUCUGUCUCCCCCAUUUCUCUGUCUCUGUCCCUGUCUCAAAAUCAGCUAAGCUUCAGAAAAAAAGAGCUUCUGAGCUCCAAGAUCUGUACCUUUCUUCCGUUAGAACGGCUGUUUUCUUGCUCUCAAAGUCUUAAAAGACUUUCCUACCCUUUUGCCCCAACUUGAGAACCCAGAAUAAGAGACUUGUUGAAGAACCUCUCUUUGUAAUAAAAAUUGCUCCUUCGUUUGAAAAGCCUCUAUCCUACAAGAUUUUGACCCAGAUCAAUUUCAACCAAGAUUUUGACAAAGUCGAAGUCGUUGAACGAUUUCUGUCAACAUUGUACAAAACCCACCUAGAUUUCAAAAGCCAAAAUUGAUUUGAAUCUCAAUCCAAGAUUCUUAUAAGAAAAAGCUGUUAUCUUGGCAAAGAUUGAAGAAGAAGAACAAGAAGAUGUCAUGCCCAUCAAACAGCAUCGUUUACAAUGGCAGCCAGUGCGCCUGCCCAGUGGGACAUCUGCUGAACAGGACAACCAACGGCUGCAUAUUGUUUGCUACCAACUCUACCAUUGCCACAGACUCCGGCGUUGCCUACAAUACAGUGAGCUUCCCAGCGACUAUCUUCGAAUUUGACUCCAUCAAGAAAUUCACGCAGUCCCAGGCGGUUUUCUUGGAGGCGACGGUCGUCAUGCUCCUCUCUUGGCUUGGUUUCUGCUUUUUCCUCAGGUUCAUGAAGCUUGGCAAUGAUGGCAAAAGCAUUUGGUUUAGGCUCAGAUGGUGGAUUAGCAGAUUGGAUAUUAGCUUUGCCACUCGGCAUUGGCUGGAUGACCAGAAGUUCGUUAAGAAACGGAAAACAGAACUUGGUGGAGCUUUGUCAAUAGCAAGUUGGAUACUUUUCGUUGGAUUAUUUGCUGCGUUGCUUUACCAAAUCAUAUCGAAGAGAAGCAUCGAGGUGCAUAAUGUGAGAGCAACGAAUGCCCCUGACCUUGCCUCCUUUGUCAAUGACAUGGAAUUCAAUAUAACCACAAUUUCUAGUAUGAGCUGUUCGAACCUGCGUGAUAUUGGUAAUUUAAUUACUGGAAAUCCUGGCUUUAUUGACCACAGAACUAUUCCUUUGUCAAAAUUUGGGAGCUACUCGUGUCAAAAUACAAGUAUAGGACCAACUAUAUCACUUCGGUGCAGCAAAUGUCUGCCCAUUCGAGACGAUUUGUAUCUUUCCUGGCAAUUUGUUGAUCUUCCCAAUUAUCCUGCAGCUGCUGUUGGAUUUCAGUUUAAUGUUACCACAAUGAAUCAUGACAAUAGGAAACAUUUGAGUUUUGUUAGUGGAACACUACUAAAUGGAAGCAAUUUUGAUGGAAGGCCUGUUACAUUUAGAGGAGGGGAUACAAAUAUAUUGAAAUUCAGUUUGUUUCCCCAAAUUUACAAUAACUUAAAUGAUCUAAGGCUCAUUCAACCUUUCUUUCACGAGUUUAUCCCGGGUUCGCUUUUUUAUGACACAAGUCUGCUCCAACGAUCCCUUGAAAGCCCCAGGGAGGGAUUACUGAACACCACAUUAUAUGUCCACUUUCUCUCUUCUUAUGUUGUGGAGAUAGAGAAUCAGAGCAUUAUGGGUCCAGUAAGUUUCCUUGCGGAUCUUGGUGGCCUAUAUUGCAUCAGUAUUGGCAUUUUUCUAUACCUACUUGUUCAAUGUGAGUACAGAAUAAAAAAAUUGCGGAAUGAAGAUAGCACUAUGCGGAGGAUUAGAAGCCGUAGAAAAGCCCUGGAACACUGGGAUAAACUGAGGAAAUAUGUGAUGUAUACUUGGGGCUGCAGCAAAUUAGAAGAGAACUACAAUUACACUAGAAAUGGAUCAAGUUGCAGUGGUCUCAGGAUACAAUCAUUCCGAAAAGGAUCAAUGCACAAGCAGAGGCAGCAAAGCAGAAAGGAUUCGGUUAACUUUAAUAGGAAAGCCACGUCACAAAGCAUUAGCAAGAAGACUGCUGCUUCAGAUACUUUACAUAUUGAGGUAGCCAAGUCUUCUAUACCAGGAACUGCUCCAAGCCUUGAAGGAAGGUUUUCAGAUUCUGGAAAUCAACUUCCUUUGAAAAAUGAAAAGCUUGGCUCUACAAUUGAUGGAAAACAACGAUGUGAUGGAUCACGCAAAGGAGGUUCCUCCCACCCUAAAGCAUUUUCUAUAACUGAUGACAUAAUUCCUCUGCCACCAUCAUUAGAGCUGAAGGAUGAUUCUGAGAUGGAUAUGUAUGAUAUUCAGAAGAAUCUUAAGAGUCUGUAUGAGUAUAACGUCAUGCUAAGGGAAAAGUUUAUUGCCGCUCAAUCUUUGCUUAAUGAUUUAGCAUCAAAGUCGUCGUCUCCGGCAGCAAAAUGACAAAGCAAGAAUCCCCACCUAAAAUCAGAUUACAGAAUGACAAAUGUUUUCCCUGAGAAUGAAGGGUGUUCCCAAAAGUUCCAUGGAAUUUCCUUGGACAUUUCUCCUUGGGAAAUCAAAUGACAUGACAAAGAGUACAUUUUUCCAUGUUCAGUCAGCCUGCUUCAAUGAAGGAUGUCAUGCUUGCAUGGGAAAGUUAUUGAUUUUCCAGGGAUCAUACUUUUAAUCUGUCAUGUUUCAAGAGAAAAUAUCCUUGAUAUGGUUUUCACAAAUAGCGUUGCUUCUGUUUGUUAGGAUGCAGGAUCCAGCUUUGUGAUUCUGAUCUUGGAGGUCUUGUGGUUCAAAAACGAGAGAACCUGUAUCAUAAUCAUUUGCUUCAAUUUGUACUAGUUCAUCACUUCAUACCCUACAAUGUGCGAGAAAUGUGAAACGAAAAAGAAUUGUGGAAUUGUGAAUAAAUGUGUAUAAGCCACCAGUGGUGAGCUUUUCCAUGUA